UGAAUUCCGUGGUCACCCGAAUCCUUGAAUUUCAUCUGAUUUCAUUUUAUUUUAUUUUCCCUUUCCCACAUCUAAAGGGCUAAAACCCUUCCUUCAACCCUUCCCACUUCCCAGCAUCCCUUCAUGAAAAACUAGCGCGCUCUUUCUCGACAAAGUGAUACCCAAAGACGAAGGCGGUCUUGGUGCGUUUCAAGGAUGGUAGCUCUAGCUACAGUCGCCUCCUGGACCCCCGAAGAUGAUCUUUUGCUGAAAAAUGCUGUGGAGGCUGGUGCUUCCUUAGAGUCCCUUGCAAAAGGUGCAGUGCAGUUUUCACGGAGAUUUACCAUCAGAGAAAUACAAGACCGUUGGUAUUCUCUACUCUAUGAUCCGAUUAUUUCUGAAGAAGCAUCUGCAUGCAUGAAUAAUGUUGAGCUUUCUGCUUUGUCUCUCCCAUCAAAACUCAGUAAAUUUGGGCAUUCAAAAGAAAGAAAGUUUGCUCCUGUUAAGAGAAAAGCUGAAAGUGUUCGUAAUUCUUACUAUGCCAUGCGUAAAAGAAUAUUGAAUGAUGCAAUUAAUUCCAUGAACUUAAGUUUUCCCAUGAGGCCCGAACAUGACAAUGAUGCCAUGAUAGGAGUUGAGCCUUUGUCUGAAAAUUGCUUGCCUGAUGUUGCCCCAAAUCAUUUUGGAUUCCAAGGAUCAAAUUAUGAUCAUGUACAUUGUGCUUUUCCUGAAAAUAUUAUGGAUGGUAAUCUUGCGACUAGUGGAGUUACUGCCCAUACCUUUUACAGUGGUGUUGACAACCCUGUUGAAGAGAACUUCCCUAUUGAAGAAAAAAAUAUACUUAAAGAUGAACCUCAAGUCCUUGGAGACAGUAUGUCUUUUAAUGGAGGUGUUGAGGAAUUUGGUGGUCCAAAAGAAUUGCCUGUAAAUAGCCUUAUGGGAGAUGAUAGUUUGGUAUCACUGCCUUUAUCAACAUUUGAUCUGAUUAACAGUGACCCUGGAAAUUUGUGUUCUGAUUUUGAUGGAAAUCAUGUCUUUAAUUCACCUGAUUUAGAGUGUGGAACAUCAUUUAGUACCUCACAGUUAUCUUCAGUUCCUGAAUUGUCAAUGUGGAGAGCAGGUGAGGGCAUCCAACAGCCUAAUGUGCCGAGCAAUGCCCUUAAAAAUUCAAUUGCUUCUGGGGAGUCUUAUUUAGCAGAACUGUCUGAUUCUCUUUUGAACUUCACUAACGAGGAAGAACUCUAUUUGAUGGACGUUGAUGGAAAAGGUGGGUUUGAUAAGUCUUAUUAUGAUGGUCUAAGUUCACUUCUCUUAAAUUCACCAGAUGAUGUCAGCCUAGAUCAGGUAUCUACCAUAACUGAAACAGAGACGUCCGUGGCUUCACAUUCACUGGUUAAAAAUCCAUCUGUUUCAUGUCAUGUGGAGGUAGAUGACAAAAUGGUGUUGAGCUCUAGUGAUUUAAAAGUAACUUCCAAAUCAGAUGUUCAAAUUCCAUCUUAUGCCUUAGCUAAAGACCCUCGAUUUCCUGAAUUAACUAAUGGAGUCAUUUGCUGUGCAUUCAGUACUGAGGACCCAGAAAUUCCAUCUAAUGAGGAUGUUUUCCUACCUUUUGACGUGCCCCCUUUAACUGCCCCCACCUCAUUCAAACAGUCUUUAAGAGAAUCCAAUAAAUCAAGUUCAUUGUUGGUUGAGGAUUUUGGACAUAGCCACAGAACUGGAGAUAGAACUCUGAAGCAAGUCGAACUAAAAACCCAUGGAGAAUCUCAUGUGUCUUCUCACAUAGUGGGAUCUCCUCCCUUGCCUGGUGCUGGUGCUGGUGCUGGUGCUGGUUCUAAGGUAAAAUGUGAGUUGUCCAAUAGUCAUACCUCCCUCCCGGUGUCCAGGAGUGCAGUUAUGGAAUCUGGUGGCUUAGUUGCAAUUCGUUCAAUCAGUGCAAACAUCAAUGCAGAUUCAAAGAAAGAGGCUGUCGAUGUUGGCUUAACAGUGCAUUUACAUAAUGAUUUAGCAAAUACUUUAAAUGAGAAAGCAUCUCAUUUUUCUGAUAGCUUUAGAAAUUAUCCUCACUCUAAUGCCCCUGGCAAGACAAUGGAACACGAUUUAGCUAUGCCUGUUCAAGAUCAACGUUUGCCACAUCCUGAAAUGAGAUCCUCAGUUGUUGCUGAGUCUGAGCUGGUGGCAAAUCCUCCAACAUUAGAUCAAGAAGAGCAAUAUAUAGAGAGUGAUGAUGACGUUCCUUAUUAUUCUGACAUAGAAGCAAUGAUACUUGAUAUGGACUUGGAUCCUGAUGACCAGGAUUUGCAUUAUUGUGAGGAAGUAUUGAAAUAUCAACACGAGGGUGCUAAGCGAACUAUUAUAAGGCUGGAACAGAGUGCCGAUUCCUAUAUGCAAAGAACAAUUGCCUCACACGGGGCUCUUGCUAUUCUAUAUGGUCGCCAUUCAAAGCAUUAUAUAAGGAAACCUGAGGUUAUACUUGGUCGGGCAACAGAAGAUGUCCUUGUUGACAUUGACUUAGGCAAAGGAGUGAAUGCUAACAAAAUAUCUCGACGACAGGCAAUUAUAAAAAUGGAUAAAAUUGGAUCUUUCUACCUUAAAAACCUUGGCAAGAGUUCGAUCUUGGUAAAUAACAAAGAAGUGCAUCUUGGUCAGUCUCAACAACUUAGUUCCAGUUGUCUAAUCGAGAUAAGGGGUGUGCCAUUCAUAUUCGAGACAAAUCAAAAUCAGGUGAAGCAGUACCUGGAUAGUGAUGGUGUGAUUCGGCUGUUGUAUGUCAAGGCUUCUAACAAAGUUACGUUCCCCUGGAAAGGACUUCUGUGUCUAGGCGCAUUCUUCCACAAAUUGCUAGGCCAAAAUUUUAUGUAAUGUGGCAAAUAUAGCCCAACCCGAGAUUUUCUGCGUACCAGUUUUCAUUUUACCGAUGCUGAA